AUGCUGGACCUGCAGCUGCUCAACGACGGCGAAACAAGUACCUUUCGGAGAAAUGGCAGGACAUCUAUAGUGGACGUGACCUUCUGCAGUCAACGGCUGGCAACUGGAGCAGAUUGGAGAGUGCUAGAGGACGAUACCCUCAGUGACCACCAAGCCAUUCGCUUCUCGGUGGGACAUACCCGUGGUCCAUCAGGAAGCGGAUAUGGGGUCACGGGAGGAUGGAGGACGCAGUGCUUCCACUCGGACACGUUCCUGGCAGCUCUAAGCCUCGGGGGCUUUGGCAUCGCACCAACCAGUGCCGCUAAACUGGUAGACGUCUUAUCGGACGCGUGUGAUGCAACAAUGCCGAGGAGGAGGCCAUCCAGCUCGAAACGUCGGCCGAAGUACUGGUGGAACCAAGCCAUCAAGGAGCUAAGGACGGCGUGCACCACGGCCCGUAGGAAGCAGCUGAGAGACCGCUCCGAUGUGCGUCGGGAGGAGCUGAAGCUGGUGUACCAAGCUGCCAGAUCGGCCCUGAAAAGGGAGAUCAAAGCCAGCAAAAGGCGGUGCUUCCUCGACCUCUGUCGCGAAGCCGAGAGAAAUGUGUGGGGCAACGCGUACAGGGUCGUUGUGAACAAGCUGAAGGGCCAGCCCCCGCCGGAAAGGUGCCCAACCAGACUUCGUGCCAUCAUAGAGGAGCUGUUUCCGCAGCACGAUCUCACGACUCGUGUCCUAUCGUCGUCACCAGCUGAGGAGCUGUCCACGGGGGUGGUGCCGGUGACCAACGAGGAGCUGCUGGACGCCGUUAGGCUGCUGAGGCUGGACAAAGCUCCGGGCCCGGACGGGAAUCCCGAAUGUGGCGCUGAAGGCUGCGGUGCAGGCGUAUCCGGAAGUGUUCAGGGAGUCGUUUCAGCGGCUUCUGGAAACGGGAGAGUUCCCUGCUGUAUGGAAGAGGCAGAAGCUAGUCCUUCUGCCGAAGCCAGGGAAAGGUGUGGGCGGCCCUCCCUCAUUCAGACCUCUGGGGCUGCUGGACACAACUGGUAA